AUGUAAUAUAGGAACAUAAAAACGAAAUUCAUUUAAUUGUUAUUGAUUACAACAUUAAUAAUCAACUAAGGUAAUUAGUAAAUUGUCAGUUAGCAAAAUGUUGUGAUAGUGAUUGUGAUUCAUGUAAUAAUUGGGGAUGUAUUACAUGUAAACCAGGAUAUUAUAAUGUAUUGGGAAGUUGUCAAAAUUGUCGCAGUAAUUGUGAAACAUGUACAUGGUCAAAUAAUUGUUAAAAAUGUUUUGGUGGUUAUUAUGUAAAUUCAAAUGUUUGUUAUGCUUGUACUAAACCUUGUGUAAAUUGUUUAUCCAGCAAUACAAAUUGCUCUUCUUGUGUUGAUACAACUAAUUAAGUUACUCCUACUUGUGCAUGUAAAGAAGGUAAAAUUAUGAACACAUCGACCUAUUAUUGUGAUAAUUGUCCAAAUAAUUGUAAAAUAUGUAGUUCAACAUCAGUAUGUACUUAAUGUUAUGAUGGAUAUUUAUUAAGUGGUACAGUUUGCAUAUCAUGUACUAAACCAUGUGUAACAUGUUCAACUAGUGUUACAUCAUGUGAUACUUGUAUAGAUACAUCAAAAUAAACACCAUCAUUAUGUGAUUGUAUACCAGGAUACAUCAUGAAUACUUCAAACUAUUUAUGUGAAUAAUGCACAUAUCCAUGUUCUACUUGUUAAACAUCUGUAACAAAUUGUUAAACAUGUGCAACUACCUAUACAAUAAACUCAGGAACAUGUUCAUGUUAAAAUAAUUAAUUUGAAUUAAAUACUACACCUACAACAUGUGAGAAUUGUACAAAUCCAUGUUAGACAUGUUCGACAUCAGCUACUAAUUGUAAUUCUUGUAUUACUGGUCUAAAUAGACAUUUAUCUAGUAAUUAAUGCAUUUGCGAUGAUGGUUUUUAUGAAAAUAUUAUUUGCUAACCUUGUUAAUUGCCUUGUAUUAAUUGCACUUCAGCUUCAGUCUGUACAUCAUGCAAUGAUCCAACACUUUAAUAAUUAACAUCUUGCACAUGUUAACAAACAUAUUAUAUGGAUAACUCAUUUAUUUGUCAAAGUUGUAUAACUCCUUGUUAAAAUUGUAAUUCACUUACUCUUUGUACUUCUUGUAUUGAUAAUUAUUACAUCUCUGGAAAUACUUGUAUUUAAUGUGUAUUACCAUGUUAUAACUGUAUAGAUCUUUCUAAUAAAUGUACAUCAUGUGCUAAUCCAAAUUAAACUAUCUCUAAUGAUACAUGUAUAUGUGAUGAUGGAUAUUAUAUGGACAAUGCAUUAUUAUGUUAACCUUGUAAUCAUCCAUGUAGUAAAUGCUAAACAAACCCUAAUUAUUGUACUGAUUGCUCAUCAACAUAUGUUAUGAGUACAACUCUUCCUAACACAUGUGAAUGUCCAUCAUCAUAUUAUGAAGUANAUAAUUGGGGAUGUAUUACAUGUAAACCAGGAUAUUAUAAUGUAUUGGGAAGUUGUCAAAAUUGUCGCAGUAAUUGUGAAACAUGUACAUGGUCAAAUAAUUGUUAAAAAUGUUUUGGUGGUUAUUAUGUAAAUUCAAAUGUUUGUUAUGCUUGUACUAAACCUUGUGUAAAUUGUUUAUCCAGCAAUACAAAUUGCUCUUCUUGUGUUGAUACAACUAAUUAAGUUACUCCUACUUGUGCAUGUAAAGAAGGUAAAAUUAUGAACACAUCGACCUAUUAUUGUGAUAAUUGUCCAAAUAAUUGUAAAAUAUGUAGUUCAACAUCAGUAUGUACUUAAUGUUAUGAUGGAUAUUUAUUAAGUGGUACAGUUUGCAUAUCAUGUACUAAACCAUGUGUAACAUGUUCAACUAGUGUUACAUCAUGUGAUACUUGUAUAGAUACAUCAAAAUAAACACCAUCAUUAUGUGAUUGUAUACCAGGAUACAUCAUGAAUACUUCAAACUAUUUAUGUGAAUAAUGCACAUAUCCAUGUUCUACUUGUUAAACAUCUGUAACAAAUUGUUAAACAUGUGCAACUACCUAUACAAUAAACUCAGGAACAUGUUCAUGUUAAAAUAAUUAAUUUGAAUUAAAUACUACACCUACAACAUGUGAGAAUUGUACAAAUCCAUGUUAGACAUGUUCGACAUCAGCUACUAAUUGUAAUUCUUGUAUUACUGGUCUAAAUAGACAUUUAUCUAGUAAUUAAUGCAUUUGCGAUGAUGGUUUUUAUGAAAAUAUUAUUUGCUAACCUUGUUAAUUGCCUUGUAUUAAUUGCACUUCAGCUUCAGUCUGUACAUCAUGCAAUGAUCCAACACUUUAAUAAUUAACAUCUUGCACAUGUUAACAAACAUAUUAUAUGGAUAACUCAUUUAUUUGUCAAAGUUGUAUAACUCCUUGUUAAAAUUGUAAUUCACUUACUCUUUGUACUUCUUGUAUUGAUAAUUAUUACAUCUCUGGAAAUACUUGUAUUUAAUGUGUAUUACCAUGUUAUAACUGUAUAGAUCUUUCUAAUAAAUGUACAUCAUGUGCUAAUCCAAAUUAAACUAUCUCUAAUGAUACAUGUAUAUGUGAUGAUGGAUAUUAUAUGGACAAUGCAUUAUUAUGUUAACCUUGUAAUCAUCCAUGUAGUAAAUGCUAAACAAACCCUAAUUAUUGUACUGAUUGCUCAUCAACAUAUGUUAUGAGUACAACUCUUCCUAACACAUGUGAAUGUCCAUCAUCAUAUUAUGAAGUAUUAACUAAUUCACCCACUGAUUGUUAAGUUUGUACAUAACCAUGUGAUAAUUGUUUUGGCACUGCAGUCCAUUGUUUAUCUUGUAUAGAUUCCAAUCAAACUGUUAAUUCAUCUAAUCAAUGUGAAUGCAAAAGUGGCUAUUUAAUGACUGGUGUAAAUUGCAUCUCUUGUGUUAAUCCUUGUAUCUAAUGUUCAGGAAAUACAGCUUUUUGUACUUAAUGUAAAGAUUCUUAACAUUAUAUAAAUAAUGGAUCUUGUAUUUGUAAUCCAGGUUGGAUUAAUAAUAAUAAUUAUGAUUGUAUUGCUUGUUAAAAUCCUUGUGCCACAUGUUCAAUUAAUAAUACUCAUUGUGAUAGUUGUUUAGAUACUAAUCAUUUAAUAAACCCAUCUUUUGAAUGCAUUUGCAAAGAUACAUUUUAUUCAGAUACUAUUAAUACAUGUGCAGCAUGCAUUUUGCCAUGUAAAACCUGUGAAAUUAAUUAAGAUCAUUGUUUAACCUGUAUUGAUUCAAAUCAAAGUUAAAUUAAUAAUAUAUGCAUAUGCAAUGAUGGAUACUUUGAUGUAUCUAACUAUUGUUAAUAAUGCUAACAUCCAUGUAUAAAAUGUGAAAUUUCAAAUGAUCAUUGUCUUGAAUGUCUAGAUUAAAAUCAUGAUUUAAUAAAUAAUAAAUGCAUAUGUAAAUUUGGAUAUGGAUCUUCUGGAACAGGAGGAAUAAACUGUUCUUAAUGCAAAUAUCCUUGUCUUGAUUGUUCAACAAGUGUUAAUACUUGUAAAUCUUGUAUUGAUAGUGGUCUUUAUCAUUUACAAGAUAAUGAAUGCUUAUGUUAAAGUGGUUACUUUUAAAUAGAAACACAAUGUUAAAAAUGUUCCCCUUAAUGUUCAUCUUGUACUGAUUAAUCUGAUUUAUGUUUAAAAUGCUCAGAUCUUAAUCAUGAUUUUAUCUAAAAUAGUUGUAUUUGCAAAUAUGGUUAUUAUACAGAUAUAUAAAUGUAAUGCUCAAAAUGUUAACUUCCAUGUGUGACUUGUGUAAUUAAUUAUGAUCAUUGCACAUCUUGUUAUGAUGAUAAUCAAUCCAUUAUUAAUGGAAAAUGCAUAUGUGAUAAUGGUUAUUAUAUGUCUGGUUUUUAAUGUAAAUAAUGUAAUAAAGUUUGCAGAAGAUGUAAUUCAAACACUGAAUGCAUAGAAUGUAAAGAUGAAUAUUAUCUAUUAAAUACUAAAUGCUUAAAAUGUGAAAUACCAUGUUAAACUUGUUUGGAUAUUAUUACAUGUAUUACAUGCACAGAGUAUUAUUAUAUGAAUGAAAUAGGAUUAUGUGCUUAAUGUAUUUCAAAUUGUAAAUAUUGCAAUGAUUCUACAAAUUGUAUUAAUUGUUAAGAUUAAUUCUAUUAUGAUAAUUAAUCUUGUAUUCCAUGUUAUAAUAAAUGUAAAUCAUGCGAAAAUAAUCCAUAUUUUUGCACUUCCUGCAUUGAUAAAAAUCAAUAAUUGAUAGAUAAUUAAUGCAUUUGUAAAGAUGGUUAUUACGAAGAGAAUUUCAUUUGUAAAAGUUGUUAUGAAACAUGUAAAAUCUGUUAUAGUUUAUCAUUUUGUACUGAAUGUAAAUCAAUAGAAAAUAUUUUAUUGGUUAAUAAUCAAUGUAUUUGUAAAGAUGGCUAUUAUGAAAACAAUUUAAAAUGUUUACUCUGUGAUUUAAAAUGUUUAACAUGUUUGUAAAAUGCUGAUAAUUGUUAAAGUUGUAAUGAAUUAUAAAAUAGAAUUUUAAAGUAAAAUAAAUGCAUUUGUUAAAAAGGUUACUUUUAGAAUGAAAAUAGUGAAUGUUGGUCAUGUAAUUCAAAUGAAGGUAAAAUAAUUAAAGAUUGUUAAUAUUAAGAUUGCACUGAUCAUGUAUGGACUUAUGGUGAAGAUUGUGAUGAUGGCAAUAAUAUUACCAGAGAUGGAUGUUCCAAUUGUAAAAUAGAUAAUAAUUAUUCAUGUUUAAACUCUUUAUUAGAACCAUCUUUGUGUUUUUAGUGUAAUUUAAAUUGUUUACAAUGUUAAUUAAAUUAGAUAAAAAAGCUAUCUGAAUGUAUUAAAUGUAACCAAGGUUUUUUUCUAUUUAAUUCUAUAUGUGCUAAAUGUUCUGAAAAAUGUUUAACUUGUGAAACAAAUGCUUCAAAUUGUAAAUCUUGUAGAUUUCUAUAAAAUAAACUUGGAGAAUGUCAAUUAUGUGAAUCAUAAAAUGGAUUAUAUUCUGAUCAAAUAAAUAAUAAAUGCUAUUCAAAAUGUGGUGAUUCAUUCAAAUCAUCAGAUGAAGAAUGUGAUGAUGGAAACUUAUUAUCUGGUGAUGGAUGUGAUCUAAAUUGUAAAAAAGAAAAGAAAUUUAUUUGUAAAGAUGGAAUUUGUAUAACUCCAGAAUAUCCAAUCCCUUAUUUAUUCAGCUUUGGAGACAAUUCUUUAUAUUAGAAUAUCAGAUAAUUCAAAUUAACAUAUAAUUUGUUUUUAAAUUUGACAUCAAAUGAUUCUAUUGAAAAUGAAUUAAUACCAUAUAUUAAGAAUGAAAUCUAGGAAAACUUGAUUAAUUGUCCAUAUCAAAAAUUACCAAAAUAUUAGUUUGAUAAUUAAUCGAAUGUUAAUUUCUCAAUCAUUUUUGAAUUAACAUUCAAUAGAAGUACAAAAAAUGAAUUACUAAUAAUUAAAUAUCAGAAUAUUUCCAAAUUUGUUUCUUAUUAAGGUUACUUCCAACAAGAAUCAUAAAUUUAAGUGCUUAUUCCUGAAUAUAUAUUCAUUGAAGAAUCAUCUGUAAUUUAAGUUUAAAUGGCCACAAAUGGUAAUUCAUAUGUUUUGUAUGUUAUUGGUGUUAUGUGUGGAGGAGCAAUUCUGUUUGGAGGUUUAGAUAUAUUUUACAAUUUACUAGAUACAAUUUAAAUGUUAUCUUAUUUAAAAUACAUAAAUACUUAAUUGCCAUACAAUUUGUAAGAGUUUUUUGAUUUCUUUGGUUUUGCUUAACUCAAUUUUAUUUCUAAAUAUUUAAACCUAUAAAAAUUAAUAGAUCCUUACAUUACAUAUGAAUAAUUAAAACCAAUACCACCAAAAAUUAGAAAAGAUGAUUUAAAUUCUUUAUUGAUUAUAAAUGGAUCUUCUAUCUUUGUUGUUUGGCUAUCACUUUUAGGAAUUUAUGUGUUAUCAACAUUUAUACCUUCAAUAUUAUAAAAAAUUUAAUUUAAAUAUUACACUGAAAUACCUGGUACACAAGAUUUUACUUUAAAAUUUAAAUUGAUGUUUUUGGCAGCUAAAAUUUUUAUAAUAAAAUUAUGUUACAUAGUAGUCUCAGAAUUUUUCUAUAGCGGAAUAUUUAGAACACUUAUAGCCACUGCAUAUGAUUAUUCAUUUAGUCUUACUCUUUAGUUAUAUGCUUUAGAAUUUAAUUCUAAAGAAAUCUUGGUUAAUCUAAGCUCAUAUUUAGCAAUAAUGGCUUUUGGAAUAUAUUUAUUUACCAUUUAUAUUCUCAUUAAGAUUAGUGGAGCAUCUUCAUUAAAUUUAGAACAAUAUCAAAAUAAAAUGAAGUAUGGAUCGUUAUUUGAAGGAAUUAAAAAAGAUAAUUUUAGCAAAUACUUCAAUGCUAUUAUACUCAUUAAAAAGCUUUUGUUUAUGCUUAAUCUCAUAUUUUGUUAUUUUUCCCCAUUUUAUUAAGUAAUUAAUCUAACUCUAUUGUCCUUUCUACAUACUAUUCUCUUGAUUCUUUUUAAACCAUUAGAUGAUCAAAAAGAAUAUAUUAAACAAUUGUCUUGUGAAAUUAACACAACUAGCGCAUUAAUUUUUAUUUCAAGCUUAGUUUUAGAUCAAGAGGUAUAAUAUUUUAGUGAGGAUUUACGUUCAAAAAUUGGAUGGUUUUGUAUUGCAAAUAUAAGCUUAAUUUUUGCCAUUUAGUUAAUGAUAGAUGCUAUUUAAUAAUGGAUGCUUUUGAUCAAAAAAUACAAAUAACUUAAAAGGCUUGUUGAAAAAAUAAAUUAAUUAUUUCACUCUCGUCCUCCUUAAUAAACUAAUCAUAAUAUUUUUAUUCGCACCGAUAGCCCAAAUGAAUGA